AUGGACAGCUUAGAAGACACUUUGCAUGUUGAUUUUAGCAAGGCUGCUGUCAUGACCUCAUCUGAUUGUUCUCAUGAACAAUCUAAGGAAAUUCAGUCUGGACGAAAUUAUGAUGAUGAAAGCAGAUGGAUCACCAUAUUAGGGAGUGAUUGUGAAGACCUCAUUGUCAGAUGGGGAUCAACAGGGUCUUGUUGGGGACAUCCCAGGGCUAAAAAGAACCAGGCAUGUGGUGACCCCAAAGCCAAACCAUCCUAUCUUAUUGACAAAAACCUGGAAUCUGCUGUCAAAUUCAUAGUCAGGAAGUUUCCAGCAGUAGAAACACGCAACAACAAUCAACAGCUUGCUCAGCUCCAGAAAGAAAAAUCAGAGAUUUUGAAGAACCUGGCAUUAUACUACUUCACGUUUGUUGAUGUUAUGGAAUUUAAGGACCAUGUCUGUGAGCUGCUGAACACUAUUGAUGUCUGCCAAGUCUUCUUUGAUAUUACUGUAAACUUUGAUUUAACAAAGAAUUACCUAGAUUUGAUUAUAACCUACACAACACUAAUGAUCCUGCUGUCCCGAAUUGAAGAAAGGAAGGCUAUCAUUGGAUUGUAUAACUAUGCCCAUGAAAUGACACAUGGAGCAAGUGACAGAGAAUAUCCACGCCUUGGCCAGAUGAUUGUGGAUUAUGAAAACCCUUUAAAGAAAAUGAUGGAGGAAUUUGUACCUCACAGUAAAUCUCUUUCAGAUGCACUGAUUUCACUCCAGAUGGUCUAUCCUCGACGAAACCUCUCAGCUGACCAGUGGAGAAACGCACAACUACUGAGCCUCAUCAGUGCCCCCAGUACAAUGCUUAAUCCUGCACAGUCUGACACAAUGCCAUGUGAAUACCUGUCCCUGGAUGCAAUGGAAAAAUGGAUCAUUUUUGGAUUUAUUUUGUGCCAUGGAAUCCUAAAUAGUGAUGCUACAGCUUUGAAUCUUUGGAAACUUGCACUUCAAAGCAGCUCUUGCUUGGCUCUGUUUCGAGACGAGGUGUUCCAUAUUCACAAAGCUGCAGAAGAUUUGUUUGUAAACAUAAGAGGCUACAACAAGCGAAUUAAUGACAUCAGAGAGUGCAAAGAAGCUGCUGUUUCACAUGCGGGUUCAAUGCAUAGAGAGAGACGCAAGUUUUUACGUUCUGCACUCAAAGAACUAGCCACUGUCUUGUCUGAUCAGCCAGGCCUCUUGGGUCCCAAGGCACUUUUUGUAUUUAUGGCACUAUCCUUUGCUCGUGAUGAAAUUAUUUGGCUUCUUCGUCAUGCAGAUAACAUGCCAAAGAAGAGUGCAGAUGAUUUCAUAGAUAAGCACAUAGCUGAGCUAAUAUUCUACAUGGAGGAGCUCAGGGCACAUGUACGAAAAUAUGGACCAGUGAUGCAGAGAUAUUAUGUGCAGUAUCUCUCUGGUUUUGAUGCAGUGGUCUUAAAUGAGCUCGUGCAGAAUCUUUCAGUGUGCCCAGAGGAUGAAUCAAUCAUCAUGUCCUCUUUUGUAAACACAAUGACUUCACUAAGCGUGAAACAAGUUGAAGAUGGAGAGGUAUUUGACUUCAGAGGAAUGAGGUUAGAUUGGUUUAGAUUGCAGGCCUACACCAGCGUUUCUAAAGCUUCGCUUGGUCUUGCAGACCACAGAGAACUGGGAAAAAUGAUGAACACAAUCAUUUUCCACACAAAAAUGGUAGAUUCUUUGGUGGAGAUGCUGGUUGAAACCUCAGAUCUUUCCAUCUUUUGUUUUUAUAGUCGUGCUUUUGAGAAGAUGUUUCAGCAGUGUUUGGAGCUUCCCUCUCAAUCAAGAUACUCAAUUGCAUUCCCACUGCUUUGUACUCACUUUAUGAGCUGCACCCAUGAACUAUGUCCUGAAGAGCGACAUCAUAUUGGAGAUCGUAGUCUUUCCUUGUGUAACAUGUUCUUGGAUGAAAUGGCUAAGCAGGCUCGAAAUCUUAUCACAGACAUUUGCACAGAACAAUGUACACUGAGUGAUCAGUUGUUGCCAAAACAUUGUGCCAAAACCAUCAGUCAAGCAGUGAACAAGAAGUCAAAAAAACAGACUGGAAAGAAAGGAGAGCCUGAAAGGGAGAAGCCAGGAGUAGAAAGCAUGAGGAAAAACAGAUUGGUUGUGACAAACCUGGACAAACUGCAUACUGCACUUUCUGAGCUCUGCUUCUCAAUCAAUUAUGUACCAAACAUGGUGGUUUGGGAGCACACAUUUACCCCAAGAGAAUAUUUGACCUCUCACCUGGAAAUCCGCUUUACCAAGUCUAUUGUGGGAAUGACUAUGUAUAAUCAAGCAACACAAGAGAUUGCAAAGCCAUCAGAGCUGUUGACCAGUGUAAGAGCCUAUAUGACAGUCCUCCAGUCAAUAGAAAAUUAUGUACAGAUUGACAUUACACGAGUGUUUAACAAUGUUCUGCUUCAGCAAACCCAGCAUUUAGAUAGUCAUGGUGAGCCAACCAUCACCAGUCUGUACACAAAUUGGUAUUUGGAAACUUUGCUACGGCAAGUCAGCAAUGGUCACAUAGCCUAUUUCCCUGCUAUGAAGGCAUUUGUGAAUUUGCCCACAGAAAAUGAAUUGACAUUUAAUGCUGAGGAAUACUCUGAUAUAUCAGAAAUGAGAGCCCUUUCUGAACUUCUGGGACCAUAUGGCAUGAAGUUCUUAAGUGAAAGUCUGAUGUGGCACAUCUCUUCACAGGUUGCUGAGCUUAAGAAACUUGUGGUGGAGAACGUUGAAGUUCUAACACAAAUGAGGACCAGCUUUGACAAGCCAGACCAGAUGGCAGCACUCUUUAAAAGAUUAUCAUCUGUUGACAGUGUUUUGAAGAGGAUGACAAUUAUUGGUGUUAUCUUGUCUUUUCGGUCGUUGGCACAGGAAGCACUUAGAGAUGUGUUAUCCUACCACAUUCCUUUCCUUGUAAGUUCCAUUGAGGACUUCAAAGAUCACAUUCCAAGAGAGACUGACAUGAAGGUGGCAAUGAAUGUAUAUGAACUGUCAUCAGCUGCUGGACUGCCUUGUGAGAUUGAUCCUGCCUUGGUUGUAGCACUGUCUUCCCAAAAAUCAGAAAACAUUAGUCCAGAAGAAGAAUAUAAAAUUGCUUGCCUUCUAAUGGUCUUCGUGGCUGUCUCCUUGCCCACUUUGGCUAGCAAUGUGAUGUCUCAGUACAGCCCUGCCAUCGAAGGGCAUUGCAACAACAUUCACUGCUUGGCAAAAGCUAUCAAUCAGAUUGCUGCAGCAUUAUUCACCAUCCACAAGGGAAGCAUUGAGGACCGUCUUAAAGAAUUUUUGGCUCUUGCAUCAUCCAGUCUACUGAAGAUUGGCCAGGAGACGGACAAAACUACUACAAGAAACCGAGAAUCUGUUUACUUACUACUAGACAUGAUUGUGCAGGAGUCUCCAUUCCUGACCAUGGAUCUCUUGGAGUCUUGUUUCCCUUAUGUCUUGCUGAGAAAUGCAUACCAUGCUGUCUACAAACAAAGUGUUACAUCCUCUGCCUAAGUAUCUACUCACUGGAGAUAAGACAUAGCACGCAUCUGUGUGGCCUCAGUUUUAUCUGUAAACUGUGGAGCUAUUUUACUCUAUGGCCUGAUGAACAGUUUUGUGAAUUAUAAACUUUUUCCAUAACGUUGUAUUCCUAAACAGUGGUUUCUUAAUAUGGUUGUACUACAAUAUAAGCUUGGUUGAUUUUAGGUUGCACACUUAUGGAAAUUUUUUUUCUCAUUCUUUCCUUUUUAUUUUUUUUUUUAACUUUAGAGCACCAGUUAUGUUUUAAAAAUACUACUUCUGCUAUAUGUUUUUUGAUAUUGAUCAUGCAAAACAAAAAUUGCUUGUUUAUUUACAACAAGAAAAAUGUAUGUAGUGAUUAUUUUAGAUAGAGUAGCUUUCAUCUGUGUGUAAAUUAUUUCAAAUAGGGAGAGUUAUAAACUUGUACCUAUUGUUCUUAUUGAAAGCAAAUAUUGGAUGUGCAUUUCUGUGAAGUAAUUACAGCAUUUCUAGUUUUAUUUUGAAACGUUCACCAAUCUACAUACUACGACACUAUCUAACAUUAAAAAUGUUAUAGAACUGCUUAUCCUACAGACAGUGAUCCUCUCCCAAUACUCUUAAACAACUGCAAGUGGUGGUGUUUGUAUAAAGCAUAGUGGAAAUUUUUUUUAAACUAACUUCUGUGGUGCCCUGUUGGCAUUAACACUACCAUUGUACCCUGCUGUAUAAUAAACAUUCUUACACAUUUAUCAUAUAUUGAUAAAAUGUUAGCCCUUAACCACUUUUUAUAUGUUUUAAAUUUUUGAAAUUCAAGUGUACCUUCCAUAACAUACAAUAAACACUAGACUGUAUUAUCUGUAGGUGAAUUAUUUUUAAUAUAAAUGUUAUCCUAGUAUUUUAAGCUUUAACUGUGCUGUUGUGCAUUGAUUUACAUCUCACAGUUCAUUAAAUAUCAAUCCUUAGAGCUUCUAUGUGAAGACUUCUUUUAAUCCUUCACCUUUUCCCUUUUGCGAUAGUGAAUCUUGUAAAAAGUUGGAAGAAAGAAUUAAAAACAAUGUUAAAAAUGUCAGCUUAGUGCCAUUAUCCUUUAAAUCUUAUUUUUACAUAAUAAAGCAAGAAAAGCAUUUGUAUAGUAUUUAGUGAUGCCAGUUGUACCCAUAGAAAUAAGCAUAUUGUUAAAGUAUGAAACUUGAAAUAAUCCUAGAACAGGCGAAUGUUGCUAAAACCGUAACAUCAGACAUGACUGAGACAGAUGUAUAAUAGUCCCUUUUUUAUCAGUCAUGCAAAUUGGCCUUGCAGGAUAGCAUGGGCUCAUUUAGCCUGAAAGCUGACCAGAUGGUUGUGCUCUGUAAUCCCUGAUGUAUAAAAGCUGUGUGUUCCUCAACAGGCUCUGGACAUUGUAUAGAGCCCCUGUUCUUGGUGCAACUUCUGUGCAUGCUGGUAACUUUUUCGGUUAUGAAAGAGCUGUUGUGUGCUCAGUUACAAUAGCUUCCUCUGUCCAGAGGAAAAAAGUACUGGAAUAAAAUUGUCCUAAGGAAGUAAGACAGUACAUCUAUAUUUUUCCUAAUUAUGCAUUUUAUGUUAUAACUAUGGAAGUGUUUUUAAAUUGAUAAGUUAGUGCCAUAAUGAAGAAGUUUGUUCA